AUGGAGUCAGGCCCAUCCAUCCAUCCGGUCUAUGAGAACAGUACCCGGUCCUGGAUGUACAUUGUAGCCGAUACUCAAAGCAAGAAUGCGGUCGUCAUCGAUCCGGUGCUGGACGCAGCAAAGAACAAUCAUAUCUCCACAAAUGCCGUGGAUGAUCUCCUGAAAACAGUCCGUCUGAACGAUUAUACCAUAGACCGCGUUCUGGAGACUCACGGUAGUGGGCCCGGUCGAUCUGCAGCAUGGUACCUUCGCACUCAGAUACAGGAACGCACGGGCACCGCUCCGCGUGUUGUGAUGGGCAAAAGCUUUGCUGGCGUACAGAGGCUGUUCCAGAGAAAGUAUGGCAUUCAGGAUAUUGGUGGCCGACGAAAUUUGGAGCCUGGUUUUCAGGAUGGGCAGAUAAUUGACAUUGGCGGAUUGAGGGCACAUAUAUUGCAAUUGCCGACACAGACCCAAGGAGAUCACUUGGGCUACUUGAUUGGGAGCAACAUCUUCAUCGGCGAGCCUGCACUUACCGUCGACUACAACAUCAGCAGGUCAGACUUCAACGACGAAUCAGCGCAUCAGCUAUGGUUAUCCAUUCAGAGAUUGCUUGGUCUUCCGAAGGAGUUUCGGAUUUAUUCAUCGAACGGGGGUGUUCACGGCUUUGGUGACGGCAAGCCGUUCGCUACGGUGGAAGAGCUACGGUCGAAGUGUAAGCUUCUGAUGGGCCAUUGA